AUGGGCAGUGGAGGAUCUGAUAUUGCUGGUGGAACUGCAUUCACGAAUCGAGGUGCCACCAAUGGAAGUCUGUUUUAUGGUGGCGCUGGAUCAAAUAUGUUAUAUGCAUACGGAGGUGGUGGAGGUGGAAGUGGAUAUUAUGGAGGUGGAGGUGGUUCUUCAACCGAAAAUCAUAAUUAUGGUUAUUGCGGAUCUGGUGGUGGAGGAAGUGGAUAUAUUGGUGGUGUGUGGAGCUCAGAAAAGUUUGGUGUUACUGCAGAAACGAAGUCGAGCACGAAUGAUGGAAACGGAUAUCUGAAGAUAACUUAUUAUGGCAGAUUUCCAUUAUAUAAUAUAUGUAAAACGAUUAUUUGUGCCUCAAUGUUCCAUAGUUAUGCCUUUAUUCUUUUGUUUUCGGUUGUUAUAAUGAAUAAAGAUUAG